GAUUCUUUCCUUUUUCAAGUGGGAAUCCACCUUCUAUAUCUCGGCUUUUUAAAUGUGGACUUCUUUUUUGCCCGUCCCGUGCACACACUGGGUUUGUCAGCAAUCGGGUUAAACCGCGGGGUUAGGCCCAAACAUGCCACCACCGCCUUGAAAUCGAGACGCUUAUAUAUAUACACACAUAUAUAUUUUCCUUUUUUCUCAAAGUUCAGGGCAUCGCGUAUUUGUUCCGUCAACUACCAUUGGGAUUCCACCUUCUUCUCCAUCAAACGUUUCGCCUUCGUCGCUGGAAAUUUGCCGGUCCUACUCAAGUUGGAUUUAACUCCGACGCUGUGUUGUGAUUCUUCCCCGUGUCCUGGAGUUAAGAGGGGAGCCAGCUUCGAGGCAUUAGGUACUGCAGAGAUGAAAAAGUCGAGAGUGGUAGAGAAUGAUGCAAGCCCAAGUUCCUCCGUCAUCUAUUCUCUGACACAGCGACUUGGGUUUCUGUCUAGCAAAGUAGAAAAAAACCCAGGGAUUAAGGAGGCAGCUAAAAAUAUUUUCAUUCAUCUCAAGUUUGCUGUUGAAGAUGAUGAGAGAUAUGCAGAGACUUGCGCUACGCUAGUGGUGAACCUGAUAAAAGAUAAAACAUUUCAACAAGCAUUUGUUGAGGCACAUCUGGAGGAUCCUUCCCUGAUCUCUUUAGUAGAUGCUUACUCACUAGAUGUAACUAACCAAGUUCGAGUGGAAUUUCUAAGGAGAGACAACGCAUUGCAGUUCAUUUUACAGAAGACACUAGACAGAUAUGAUAUGAGGGAUAUCUUGGGCAUCGCAAUGGGGUACUGGAGUAGUCAAUGGUUUUGCACCGAGUUGCAUGAAGAGAUUAAUAAAAAUGAAGCUGCCAGGAAAGUUUAUCGGGUGACUAGAAUUGUCAACAUUGAUGUUCCUUACUCUAUUGAGGGCCUGAAAUCAGCGUUGGCUACUAGGUUCAAAGAUGAUGAGCUUCAGAACAUGUAUGAGCAGAUAAAUAAAUCACAUUUCAAGUUCGGAGGUGUUAAAAGCAGUUCGAUUAAAUGGUUGGUCCUUUUGUGGGAGAGUGACAAAGAUUUUCGUCCAUUUACUUAUGGGUACUAUGAACACCCAUUCCCUGGUUUCUGUAAUGCAUGAUUGUUCUCUCCAAUCUUCUGUUACUAUAGGUUAUAUUUGGAUUUUUACUGCAAUGUUGGAAGUCAUAUUUUGUGACGUCAUGUUCUCAUUUAAAGUUUUUGAAAAAUUGUUGGGGAUACAAAUUUCCUUUGAAGGGAAUGGUUGACAACUCACCAUGGUGUGGUGGUACUAUGGACGAUUUUGGUGAUUUGACACAAAUACGAGAUUAAGAGUGAAAUAACAUUGACUAUGUUUGAAUGAGAUGGUGGCUCACUAGGGUUUGUGAUCUUUGGUUAAUUUUAGAAGCUCUGGUUGGUUUUGACCCUUGCUUUGCCUUGUGUAUCUUUGAGCAUGCUGUGCAUUGUUUGGUGUGAUAACCAUGCUAAGAUUAUGAGUUUGGA